UCCUGUUUUUAAUUUUCAAUUCCCCUGUUCCUUACUGUACAAGGCAGGAUGCUGACUGGUAGGAGCAGCCUUCAGUGUUCAACAGUCAACCCUAAAGGUCCUUUCCCCCUAGGCCCUUUUCCAAGACAUAUCUGGAUCCAUCACAACACUCCCCAGGACAGCUUGGACAAAGCCUGCCAUGAGAUCUGGAAAAGGGUCCAAGGUCUCCCUGAGGAACUCCAACCAAGAUCCUCAUCUCCGCUUCUCCAACUUAGCUGUCAUCCUGUCACAUCUUCAGAGGCUCUCAGAGAAGAUAGCAGUAAUAACACCAGCAGCUCCCAAAAAGAAUCUUUGGAAAACAGCAUUUGUAAAGAUGAAAUAUCCAUGCUGGUUGAGCAAGAGUAUUUGAGCCUUACACAAGAGAAUGCAACUGAACUAGAGAUGCAAAGAUCUGAAGAGGAGAAGGCCACCCCAGCUGCUUCGUGUCAGGCCCCAGCAAACAACCACCUCACAAUGCCCUCUGAUGGAGACCAGAUGUUAGAUGAGAGGGAUGCAAUGGAAAAUGUCUACAGAGCACUCACUGGAAACAAAAGGGAAGUGAAACUGAGGUCCAUAUGUGAUGUCCAGCUGUCCACUAAGUCCACUGUCACAGGGAUCUUGCUCCCUGCAAAAUUAAUCUACAAGAAUGCCAAAAGUACAGAAAGUGGAAACAGUAAUAUGAUGGGUUCCAACACUCAGAUUGCCAAGCUUUUGGCACAGUUCCCACUCAAACGUGUUGAGGCCACCAAGACUCUGGACACCAAAACGGUGACAGAAGAAACCAAGUUUAUCAAGGACCUACUACUGCAGAACAAUGUCUUUGGAUCUGCAGCCCACAAAGACAAUGUAACAAGGCCAUCCCCAAUAAUGGCAGUCAUGGAAAGUCAAGGAUCUGUGCAAAAGAAACAGCUCCCAGUAUUUGCCAAGAUCUGUUCAAAAACUGACCCUGAACUAGUUGCUGAUGGGCUCUGUCAAAAUAAUGCAACCUCUACAGCCAUUGAUAAGAACAACCUUAAAUACAGUGGGAAUGUUUUCACCCCACGAUUCCCGACGAACUCGACGGCCACCUCAUUAAAACAGCCAAUGUGGCUUAGCCUUAACUACCCUCCACCUCCUGUUUUCCCAAACCACUCCAGCUUCCCACAGUAUCAGAGUUUGUAUCAGCAAAGAGCACGGAUCCCAUACCAGCAGACGCUACAUCCUCAGUUGGGAUGCUAUUCUAGACAGGUCACUCCUUACAAUCCACAGCAAAUCUUCCGCUCACCUUACACACCUGUGCUCAGCUACAUCCCACUGGUUCAGCCAGGUUACUCUUAUCAGCAGAGGAACCCGACCAAGCCAUCCAGCAGUGUACGUGAUCCCCCAGCAAUGGCAGGUGAUGGUCCACAGUAUCCAUUUUCUCCUUCCUAUGGGUUCACAUCUACUACUGCUGGACCUGUAAGGACCAAUCCUUACUUCUCUUCCAAUGGAGGUGGCAACAGUUUUUAGAUCUGCCAGCACUGUUUUUAGGGUGAGGGGUUUUUUUUGAGAUAGGAGCAUUUUGGGAGCAGUAUGAAAUCCUUGGGGUUUUUCAUUUCUGUUUGAACAUUUUGGAACAAAGUUAAAAUAAUUUGAUUCCAAACCACAAACAGUGUAAAUUCAGGGCAAAUAGGCUUGCAAGUUCAUCUGA